AUGACAUCUAACCAAAAAAAUUCAUCUAAAACUACAAUAACGGAAUCCACUUGUACUACUGAACAUAGGCUGGUUGAGUUUGAACUUCCACGGCCAACCUCGCCGUCUCAGAGUGAUAAUGCAACAAAGACUUCUGCUGCUUGUUGGUCUGCUCCUGACUAUUCAGGAUUAGGUGAACUGAACGAUGAUAGUGACGCAGAUGAUCGUUGUUCAGAAUUGGACUCACCAAAAGACUAUUGCUGGUCUGCUCCGGAAUUAGCUUGUGAAGAUUUGUACGACCCGUUUGAUGACGAGUGUGACGAACCUUCGAAAGGGUUUCCACGAAGUCGAGAUCGUCUUUGUUCACUUCCGAACUCAAUUUUCUCUGAUUAUGAUGAGCCAAAACGUCCAAGUUUUUUGGCACUUGACAGCCAAGAAUCGGAGCAGAUUAUGGCUAAAGCUAAACGAAUUUUACAGUUUCCAAAAUCGCUUGCUCUCGAGGAAAGUUAUAACUCAAUGGACAUUUAUGUUGCUAGUCCAUCACCUCAACGUGAUGUCAACGAAAAAGAAUUGUAUCAGUCAUUUAAUGAGAAGAAGACGCUAAGCAACUUUACGUCACCGUCUGGGAUCGAUUUUAUUGAUUCACCGGACGAUAAUAACGAUAUACCGUACGGUUACGAGCAUUUUGUAUCUAAAAUAGCUGCGGUGCAGCUUAAGAUCAGAACUGAUGAAAAUCGGAAUAGCUGUUUCCAGGAGAAAGUAAACAUUAAAAAAAGCUGUUCGGGAUGUUGCCGAAAUUGUACGGGUCAUUCAAAUGAUCACGAGGAGGCGGGCAAUGCUAACGAAUGCAGUGAAAAGAGUGUUGUUUUAAAUGAUUGCGGAGAAGAACCUGUGACGGUAAAUAAUGAGCCAGAAAGCAUUGAAGAUGUGCUAAAGCGAUUUACAGGAUUCAAACCUUUUAAUAUUUUGACCUCCAGUGAAACGUCAUCUGACAAAACUGAGGAGUUCACCGAUAACUUGGGGAAGGCAAUUGUACCAGCUAGCUUAACCAAAGAACUUGCACACCCUUCAAAAAAUCUAUCCCACGACGUUUUGAAACCGAAUUCCGAUUGCUUCUUAGAAGUUUCAGAGCCCAACAGUCGCUCAAACAUUUCUGAUAGUGUGGAAGAGAAUACAUUACUGAAGAAAAGUACGAAAAAGGAAGCAACACUUUUACUGUUAGGCCCACUCAACAUGCAUUCAAGUUACAGCGGUAAACAAACACUUUUCAAAGGACAAAUUAGACGUUCGGCGACAGAAUAUAAGUUAAGCCACAAGGCUCCAACCAGUAAAGAGGAGAUAAGCAGGCUACGUAAGGCUGAAUUCGAGGAGGGUCGCCGAGGGAAAUUAAAAAAAUCUUUAACGUCAAACGCAAUCUUUAAAACAUCUGAGACCACUGAAUGUGCUGCUUCUGGGAGACGACGACUACCUGCAGCUCCUAGUCAGGAUAACGAUGUGGCCCAAUCUGCAAAAGGCAACAGCAGACGAGAGUCUUUCAAUGUUCCUUUUGCGACGAGUAAGGAUAAUUACAGUAACGGUAGUUGUGCAGUUGUCAACACGAAGAACGUUCAAAAGCAGAGAGCUCAGCUACAAGGUUCACCGGAACUGCAUGAGUGGACCCCGACUGAUGCAUACCGCAAAUGUAUUGCCAAAACUCCGACACAGUAUAUAGAUUUGGAUUUCGGAAAGAAUACACCUGGUCAUCAAUACUCACAAGAUCGUUAUCACUGUUCAGGCACUGAUUAUACGCCUUCGCCAUCACAAGGAUUUCACUUUAUUUAUCACAAAGGUUUUCAAGAGUGCGUCCCAUGUUAUGGACAAAGCUGUUUCACGCUUUCAUACACUCCGGUUUCAGAAAUGGCAUCAUUCGAUGAAUCUCAUUAUUUGCAAAACCGGUAA